ACAUGUUGAUUGGGGCCGCUUUCACUCAGGAUCUUACCUCUCUUAAACGCCCCACACUGCCAAAGCGUCUGACUCGAGAAGAUGGAUAUGAUUUCCGUGCUGUUCAACGCUCUCGCACUGCUGUCGGUGUUGGGACGAACUGGGGCAAGAACAUCAUCACCCAAUACAACCCCUUCAGGCCCAGGCCCCUCCACCUCAGACCUGCGUGGUCAGAUGUUUACAGUGUCAUAUUCGUAUAGCAUAGGUUUCACCAUGUACACAGACGCAAUCUUUCCCUCUCCUUCCCCCACCAUCUACCCUUCUCCUUCCACCUCUACUUCCUCCUCCCCUUCCUCCUCCUCUGCCAACUCUCCCUACCCCUCUCCUUCCUCCUCCUUUCCCUCCGCCACCACCUCUCCUUCCUCCUCCCCUUCCUCCUCCUCUGCCUACUCCUCUCCCUACCCUUCUCCUUCCACUUCUCUUUCCUCCUCCUCUGUCUAUUCCUCUUCCUACCCAUCUCCUCCUUCCACCUCUCCUUCCUCCUCCUCUGCCUAUUCCUCUCCCUACCCCUCUCCUUCCACCUCUCCUUACUCCUCCUCUCCCUCCCCCUCUCCCUCCCCCACCACCUACCCCUCUCCUUCUCCCUCCUCCUCUCCCUCGCCCUCCACCACCACCUACCCCUCUCGUACUCCUUCUCCCUCCUCUCCCUACUCUUCUCCUUCCACCUCUCCUUCUCCUUCCACCUCUCGUUCUCCCUCCUCUCCCUCCUCUUCUCCUUCCACCUUUCCUUCUCCCUCCUCUUCUCCCUCCUCCACCCCUUACCCCUCUCAUUCUCCUUCCACCUCUUCUUCUCCCUCCUCUCCAUACACCUCAUAUCCCUACACCACCCCCUCUCCCUCUCUCUCUGCUCUGACUGUGUGUCUGCGUUACAUGGCUGAGGAGGGAAAAGACUUGACUCUCUUCAGCCUCACUCAGGGGAACUACUGGAACCUGUUACUGGAAAGGAACAGUGGGAUGGACUACCUCUCCAUCCAUUCCUCCUCUCAGUCCUUCCGCUCCUAUAGGCUGCUGUGGUCCAUCAUUGAGCCACGCCCAUGGACCAGCCUGUGCGUUACCUGGGAGAAAAACACGGGUUUAGCCCAGGUGUGGAGGGGCAGGACUGUCAGUAUCAGGAAGAGGGUGUUUGGCCAGGUGACCAAUGGGCCUCCUGUCUUGAAAGUGUAUAAGUUUGAGGGGCAGGUAACUGACGUGGAAGUGUGGGACAGCGUCCUCUCCCCAAGCUGGAUAAUGUCCUACAUGUCUGGGUGGCAGUCCUACUGGUCCUACACCCCUGGUAAUGUGCUGACCUGGUCCAAGGCCAUCUACUCCACCAAUGGUGAGGUUCUCCUGGAGAGAAACACCUACAACUCUGACCAUCAGCCUAUCAAAGGCCAGCGCCAGCACCCAAGAACAAUGAGAAGGAAGAAAAUGAGGAAAUGUGAAUGGAAGAAGAGAGCGAGGGCAGAGCAGAUAGCGAGAACACGUAGGGGAGAGUAGUGAUUGCCACUAACCCUUACUAAGAUGUACAGUAUGUUCCAUCUUCAUGUAUGACCCAGCAAUGCUCCUUACUUGUGAAUCACUCUGGAUGAAUGUCUGCUCAAAUUAUGAUUCUGUGAUUUCCCAUGUUUGCCCUGAUGGUCCCCAGGGUCAAAUUAAGUGCUACUCUGGCUGCUCCUCCCUGACGGAAAACACAUCACACUUUAUGCUCAGCACAUAACCUGCCGGGGAAAUCUGACCCAGCAGGCAAAAUGAAAACCAAUGAAAUCAGCAGUUCUCAGGCAGGCUAGAAGCACAAUAUUGUUACUGUUGCAUCACAUUGGAUGACCACAAGUAACUUAAGUUACAUACUGCAGCUUUAAAUGAUUGUUAAAGGAUUUAGUGUAUUGUUAAAUCAUUUUAAUGAUUGUUAAAGGAUUUAGUGUAUUGUUAAAUCAUUUUAAUGAUUGUUAAAGGAUUUAGUGUAUUGUUAAAUCAUUUAAAUGAUUGUUAAAGGAUUUAGUGUAUUGUUAAAUCAUUUUAAUGAUUGCUAGAUGAUUUAAAAGAUUGUUAAAAUGAAGCACGUGGCAAAUUAAAAGUCAUUGGUGAGAAA